GCCAGCACAAAUAAAAACAUCUCCUCCGUUCGUUACCCGUGAUUCUAAGGAAGAUAGAGCCUGCCCGCCACCGCCUCGCCCAAGCGUUAGUCAUGCUGCUGGGGAUUACUCUAUGGCGGCGAUAGAGACGAGACCACGGUCGGACAACGAUCACCUAGAGCAACGCUUGUCCGUUACGAGUCAAAUGACGCCACUUGCACCCCGCCCACACUCAAGUAGCGCUCGCUAGCAGCAGGGAGGGAGGUCCAACGGAAUGGCUUCCCAGCUCCCAGUCGCAGCAGGAAGAAGGCAGUUCGUACAAGCAGUGUAUAAUGCAGCGUGAGCAGUAGAAUGCGGGCCGCUGAUGAGUUUUAGAUACCUUUCGGCGGCUGCCAAGUAUAGCCGCUGCUCGGCGGUAGAGAUAGAGGACUGCUUCAGAAGUUCCUUCCGAGAUGGCUUGACCCAAAAGUCUGCUCGGCGGUACAGUAGUAGAUCAUUGUUUACAAACCUGAAGUUCCGAGCUGAAUAUCCGCACCGUCAAUCGAUGACAGCUCUGCCGAAUAUCGGCUUCUUAGUAGCAGCUGUUUCUUCUGGCGCUUAUCCGCGCUAGAGAUCGCGGGAACAUGCGGACGGGGGAUCGUGUGAUAGAGACGCGUAGAGCCUCGGAGGAUCCUUCGAAAGAGCCUUCUCGAAGUAGGGCGAUCGACUCCCGCAAGCAGCAUCAGCAGCAGCCGAAGCAACAGCAGCAGAAGCAGCAGCCGGCUUGCGUGCAGGUUAAGGUCGGCGAGCUAGAGGGCUUUAGCAGGGCGGUAGUGGACGAGCUAGGGGGAAUCAGCAGGACGAAAGUUAACGAGCUAGGGGGAAUCAGCAGGGCGGUAGCAGACGAGCUAGGCGGCGUUAGCAGGGCGGUAGCGGACGAGCUCGAGAUCGUACGCGAGGAGAAGCGGAGCCUCGAGAAGAGCCUCAAGCUCGUGGUGGAGGAGCGCGACGCACUGCUAGAGCUCGCGGCGAGGAACGUCGCCGUCGCGGCGAAGAAAGAGAAAGAGCGGACGAUCAUAACUCGCGAAGCCGUUUUCGAGUCGACGCAAUCACCUCCGCACCCAACGGGUGCUAGUAAGGUCGGCGAAUCGCUGGCCGCGACGGCAGACCGUGCCGGGAAAAGCGGCGGGAGCGCGGAGAGAGCGCUACAACGGCGGAGCCGUCCGCACUCUGUCGAGCGUAUCCCGAGCGAAAGUGGCGACCGGUCGUUGCGGCGGUCGGCGGAUGGCCGUCCGCAUUCGGCGGAGCGCGGGCCGCGGCGCGCGGAGAUCGCGGAUGGGGAAACGGCGGACUGGAAGGGCGGCGCAAGCGCGCUGAUUGCGCUGGCCUUGGAGAAGGAGAGAGAGAACAAGUGGGAGAUGGAGUACCGCAGAGAGAUACGGAAUGGGGAGGUGGGGGGAGUGGAUUCCCCGCGGGGGCGGGAGGAGGACCAGGCCAAUGCGCGGGAGUGGGAGGCGAAGCGGGAUUUUCUGCGGGAGGAGCGGAAGCGGCAGCUGGGGCGGGAGAUGGCGAAAGUGAAGGGGGCGGCCGGUGGGGGGGAGAAGCCCGGACAUAUCCAGGAAAAGCGCGCGGUUGAGAUGGGUCGGCAGGACCAGAAUCAGCUUCACGGGGAGGCGCGGAGGGAAUGGUCUCACGGGAAAGUGACGGAGAGCGCGGAGAGGCGGCGGUCGGUAGAGAGGGCCAAUGCGAAACGGGAGAGCGAUCGGGAGCAGAGGAAGGGGAGGGAGAGGACGAGGGAGAGGGAGCGGGCUGAGCAGCGCGAGAGAGAGAAGGAGCGGAGCGAGGAGAGAGCGAAAGAUUUGCGAAGGGAGGCGGAGCGGCGAAGGGAGCAGGAACGGGAGAGAGUGAGGCACCUGGAGCGGGAGAAGGAGCGGGAGGAGGAGAGGGAGCAGGAGCAGAAGCGGGAGGCGGAGAGGGAGAGGGAAUGGUGGAAGGAGAAGGCGCAGGCGGAAGCGUGGGAGAAGGAGUGCGAGCGCCUGAGUGAGGAGGUCGAGCGCCUGCACGAGUUGCUCCAGCAGGCGAGGAGCGAGCUGGCGGUCGCACGGAGGAUCGACGCGGGCGCGGCGCAGGCGGGGGGGGAAUCCGCGGGAGCUGACGUGGCGAAGGAGCUGGAGCAGACGAAGCUGCGGCUGGCGAAGGUGGAGGCGGAGCGCGGGCAGCUGGCGAGCGCGGUGGAGCGCAUGGUGCUGGAGAUGGCGGACGCCGUGCGCGAGCAGGAGCAGUUCCGCGAGGCGCUGCAGCACACGAGCCUGGAUACCAUGCUGCUGUCGCACGCGCUGGGGUCGGUAAAGACGCUACAGUCGACAGUGCAUCUCAUGCAACAACAACUACAUAGGGAAGCGCUCGAGAAGGCGACUCUAGCAGAGAAACUCGCAAAGCUUCAGUCGCAAAGAAGUCUGGAAGCUGUCAAGCAUCAAGCUUAUGCCUCGAGCAUCCACUCCUUGCUUUCAUCACUGAUGCUCCGCUUCAACUUCGACCGUGACCCGCUCAUAAGGAAUGCAUUGGAGGAAGCCAACCGCACAGCUCACAACAUGGCAGAUACCGCAUCACAGCUGCUGGAAGCAUGCAACUCUGCAGCUCCAUCGAACCCUCUCAAUGCAGCAUCUAACCUCUAUCGGCUGGGGCCUCUUGGCCAUGAGAGUACUCACUCUCUGGCGACUGUGGUCCCCUUGCCCCUGUCAGAGUCAGCCCCGGCACCAGACCAUGAUGCAUCAGCUUUGCCCAAGAGGUCUCAAAAGCGGACAGUUAUGUCGGCUGCGUGGAAGCUACUGAUGACUCACGGAUCUAAAUAAUUGCUGCUAGAUGAGCUAUUGGGGUUGAGCUAGCUAAGGAGAGAACCUGAUUUGCCUUAGCAC